AAUCCUUUGGUUCUACAUUUUUUCUGUAUGUCUUAUCACUAGGUGAGUGCAAUUUAACAUAUGCUGAAAAGCACCCCAACAUCUUAUAAAACAACAUUUAUUUUGGAGCCUAAUUUUCUCUUCCUAUUGGAAGAUGAAGGCAACAGGGAGUUAAGUUUUAUGAAGAUUUUAUCUUAAAGGACCACUAUAGUGCCAGGAAAACAUACUCGUUUUCCUGGCACUAUAGUGCCCUGAGGGUGCCCCCACCCUCAGGGACCCCCUCCCGCAGGGCUCUGGGGAGAGGAAGGGGUUAAAAUCUUACCUUUCUCCAGCGUUGGGCGGGAGCUCUCUCUCCGCCUCCUCUUCGGCUGAAUGCGCAUGCGCGGCAGGUGCUGCUGCGCAUUCAGCCAGUCUCAUAGCAAAGCAUUCAUAAUGCUUUCCUAUGGACGCUGGCGUCUUCUCACUGUGAUUUUUACAGUGAGAAGCACGCAAACGCCUCUAGCGGCUGUCAAUGAGACAGCCACUAGAGGCUGUAUUAACCCAUAGGUAAACAUAGCUGUUUCUCUGAAAGUGCUAUGUUUAUAGAAAAAAAGAUUAACCCUAGCCGGACCUGGCACCCACACCACUUCAUUAAGCUGAAGUGGUCUGGGUGCCUAUAGUGGUCCUUUAAACCAAAACAAAAUCACAGAAAAUUAGUUGUGUUUACCGCCUUGUUUUGCCUGCCAGGGCUGGUUGUGUUUAUUACUGUUAGUUGGAAAUUCCAUUUGCCCAUAAGGCGGCCGAUGUAGCUCUGUUUCAUAUCCUCCGGCCCUUGUGAACUGGAAUUCCUAGAUGAAGAAUGUAAUGAGAAAAUCCAAGUCAUGGGGGGAUUCUACAACUUUUACCUGGGGAACAAGACGAUUUGUCUGUCAUUCUGAGCCUCCGUUAAUGACCAAAUCGCAGAGUUAUUUGAGGUGUUCUGUAUUUAAAUUUAAUUGUAAUAGUUUUAUUUAGCAACAGUAUGUUUUAUAGCACUGUAGAAUCACUAAUUGAGAUUUGUCUUGUUCCAGAUGUGCUGAAUGAUGCCAUAUUUGAUGAGGACCACGAUGAGAUGGUGAUUGUAAAAGAUAUCGACAUGUUCUCUAUGUGCGAGCAUCAUUUAGUGCCCUUCAUUGGGAAGGUAAUAUGGCGGAAUGAUGACGGUGAUUUACUUCUAACUCUUUGUAAUGGACACAGUAAGAAAUGAUUGGAUAGUUUCAUAAAAUGAAUAUUAAACACAAACUCUGGAAAUAGGUUCACUUCCCCAUCAAAAAUAAUGAACUGGCACAUAAACUGCAAAUAGGGGUUUAUUAUGAUAUAACCUCACAAUCCUGAAUGUUAAAGGACCACUAUAGGGUCAGUAACUCCAACAUGUAUUCCAUGUAUGCAGAGGGUGGAGACACUGAAUGUCAGUCACACUGUGCAGCACUGCCCCAGGAAGCAUCUGCCUCUAGCAGCCAUCUGAGGAAUGGCCAGUGAAGUUAUCACUAGGCUGUAAUAUAAGCACAGCAUUUUCUCUGAAAACACAGUGUUUACUACAAACAGCCUGAAGGGACUGAUUCUACUCACCAGAACAAAUUCAAUAAGCCGUAUACCGUACAUUAAGCUAUAUACUGUGAAAUAAGCCGUAUACCGUACAUUAAGCUGUAUACUGUGAAAUAAGCCAUAUACCGUAUAUUAAGCUGUAGUUGUUCUGUUGUCUAUUGUGUCCCUUUAAACAUAAUCCGUUGGGCUGUAGAGGAUAUUUUUUCUGUUUUGGCGCACCGAUGCCAGUUUGUGGUGGUAAUUAUUUUUACACCCAACCCUCCCUUUUCUUAGGGAAUUCUUCCCAAUUUUUCCUCGAUUGCAUUUUUGUUAGAUGAGAGUCACAAAAGUUGUAGGACAUUUCACACUCAGACAGCGCCCUGGAAUGUAUUUUUAUCAGUAUGAAAGCGUGUAGCGCAGACCGGCACGGUGACAAAUUAAUAACCUGGAAACCAUGCCACGGCCUCUUCAGUGUUUCCUUAUUUUAGCCUGAGCCACAACAGGAUUUUCAAAAAAAUGUAUUUUAUUCAGUAUGUGUCUUUAUAUAAACGUUAACAUUUUAAUUGGCCAACCGAUUUUGUUAUGGGGCAGGAUGUUCCUUUGGUAAUAUUCUGAACAGGUUAAACCUGAUUUGUUUUGAUAGUGACAAAACAUAUAUCAAAUCACCCACAAUUAAUUUUAUUUCUAAACUGGAGAUUGUGGAGAAAUUGCAAUUGCACAUUUCCUGACGGUUCAGUGUACUGAUUGGCAUGUUUUGCAUAAUGUUAUAGUUUUUUAUCUGCGAGAAUUGAAUAUGAUCAGAUGUGGUCACACCGCGCUGCCGAUCGGGUACUGUGACAGUGUGACCUCACUGAUCACGUCCGGUCACACUGAGGUGCCGUUCGGGUGCUGUGACAGUGUGACCUCACUGAUCACGUCCGGUCACACUGAGGUGCCGUUCGGGUGCUGUGACAGUGUGACCUCACUGAUCACGUCCGGUCACACUGAGUUGCCGAUCGGGUACUGUGAUGGCGUGACCUCACUGAUCAGAUGCGGUCACACUGAGUUGCUGAUCAGGUACUGGGACAGUGUGACCUCACUGAUCAGGUGCGGUCACAUCGCGCUGCCGAUCGGGUACUGUGAUGGCGUGACCUCACUGAUCAGGUGCGGUCACAUCGCGGUGCCAAUCGGGUACUGUGAUGGCAUGACCUCACUGAUCAGGUGCGGUCACAUUGCGGUGCCAAUCGGGUACUGUGAUGGCGUGACCUCACUGAUCAGGUGCGGUCACAUCGUGGUGCCAAUCGGGUACUGUGAUGGCGUGACCUCACUGAUCAGGUGCGGUCACAUCGCGGUGCCAAUCGGGUGCUGUGACACAGUUCAGUUAUUUUGCCCUAAUAAUCCGCUUUAUCCCAUCCUCCACACAAGCAAGUUUCAGUAUGCGAAAGUUCUAGCUAUUAGUCCAGUCAAGCAGAGUUGGAUUAUUUUUCCUUUCACGAUUUAGGAUUGUUUUUAAAUACAAGUUUUGUAAAUCUGAAAGAUGGAUUCUCCUAUAUUUCAGGUGCACAUCGGAUAUCUGCCAAACAAACAGGUUCUUGGUCUCAGCAAACUUGCGAGGUAAGCGAUUUGCACAUCAGACUCUUAUUUACAGAAUCCGCUCAUUCAUCAUCUGUUUAUCAAUGGGAGCAUUGACAUGUGCUAACAGACUGUCUUUUUCUUCCUAAUCCUUGUAUAAAGACGCAGAAACGGUCUGCUUGCUAUUGUCCUGCUUCCACUAACACAAUCAGGAAAACCGUCUCCCACACUUAAAGGACCACUCUAGGCACCCAGACCACUUCAGCUUAAUGAAGUGGUCUGGGUGCCAGGUCCAGCUAGGGUUAACCCAUUUUUUAAUAAACAUAGUUUCAGAGAAACUGCUAUAUUUAUGAAUGGGUUAAGCCUUCCCCCUAAUCCUCUAGUGGCUGUCUCAUUGACAGCCACUAGAGACGCUUGCGUGCUUCUCACAGUGAGAGCACGCCAGCGUCCAUAGGAAAGCAUUGUAAAUGCUUUCCUAUGCGACGGGCUGAAUGCGCGCGCAGCUCUUGCCGCGCGUGCGCAUUCAGCCGACGGGGAGGAGAAGGAGGAGGAGAAGAGGAGGAGAGCUCCCCGCCCAGCGCUGGAAAAAGGUAAGUUUUUAACCCUUUCCCCCUUCCAGAGCCGGGCGGGAGGGGGUCUCUGAGGGUGGGGGCACUGUAGUGGUCCUUUAAUGGUGUUGCAUAUUGUUAGAGAUCAAGGAGAGCUGUAGAAUAUUUACAGUUUUGCUAUUUAAGUCUAAAAUAAUCAAUUACACCGUUAAAGGGACGCUAUAGUCACCAGAACAACUACAGCUUAUUAUAUAGUACCCAGCUUAUUAUAUAGUACCCAGCUUAUUGAAUUUGUUCUGGUGAGUAGAAUCAUUCCUUUUAGGCUUUUUGCAGUAAGCACUGUCCUUUCAGAGAAAAUGCAGUGUUUACAUUACAGCCUAGUGAUAACUUCACUGGCCACUCCUCAGAUGGCUGUUAGAGAUCCUUCCUGGGUCAUGGCUGCCUAAAAUGCAUCCAAACAUUCAGUAUCUCCUCCCUCUGCAUGCAGACACUGAACUUUCCUCAUAGAGAUCCAUUGAUUCAAUUCAUCUCUAUGAGGAGAUGCUGAUUGGCCAGGGCUGUGUUUGAAUCAUGCUGGCUCUGCCCCUGAUCUGCCUCCUUGUCAGUCUCAGCCAAUCCUAUGGGGAAGCAUUGUGAUUGGAUCAGACUACCACUUCUGAUGAUGUCAGCAGGCAGUGGGCAGGUCUAAAUGAAAAAUGGACAAAGCCUGCAGCUCCAGACUUGAAUACAAGUAAGAUUUUACAUUUAUUAGGGAGGUAUAAGGGCCUAGAUGGUGGUUUUACCACUAUAGGGUCAGGAAUACAUGUUUGUGUUCCUGACCCUAUAGUGCUCCUUUAAUUCUUAAAGGAACACUAUAGUCACCAAAACAACUUUAGCUGGAUGAAGCAGUUUUGGUGUAUAGAUCAUGUCUCUGCAGUCUCACUGUUAAAUAGUCUGAAAUUUAGGAGUUAAAUCACUUUUGUUUCUGUUUAUGCAGCCCUAGCCACACCUCAUCUGGCUGUGACUGACACAGUCUGCAUAAAACCAAUGGUUUUAUUUUCAGUCAGAUGUAACUUAUUUUAAAUCUUUUUAUGUCCUGCUCUGUAAAUUGAACUUUCAUCACAUGAAGGCUCCUGCAGGGUCUAGAAAGCUAUUAACAGAGCAGAAAAUAAUGAAAUUCUAAAUUAAACAUAAUUUGCAAUAAAGGAAGUACAAACAUUAGAUGACUCUUUACAGGAAGUGUUUAGGAAGGCUGUGCAAGUCACGUGCAGGGAGGUGUGACAAGGGCUGCAUAAACAAAGUGAUUUUACUCCUAAAUGGCAGAGGAUUGAGCAGUGAGACUGCAGGAGCAUGAUCUAUACACCAAAACUACUUCAUUUAACUAUUUUGUUUGGUAACUAUAGUGUCCCUUUUAAAUCACAGUUUCAAGAUUACGCAAGUGAGAGGUGAUAUUAAGUUACCUGUAUUCAGAUGAACAUGCAGAGAAUCAUCCUUCCUGUCUUCUGGGUUUAAGCCACCACCUUGUCCCAGGGCCCUACCAGAAGGAUUGUCUACAAACUGGUUUUCUGCAAAGCCAUCUAGGGCUGGGCAAAUUGUUGAUAAACAUACUACAGGGGAAAUAGCAAGUUGCAGUGUAAAUCAUCUGGGCAUCCACCAUUUGCCCAGCCCUACUCGACAAACAGGUAAAGUGUCCUGUGCUAUGUCCAUGUAAAUUCUUCAGCUCUUCAUAGCCUUAUAUGUACAGCCGGGGUCAUUUCUCGUGUAAUGAGAUACCAGGGUUUAACACCGACAUCCGGAGAAUUCAGCCAGCUGUAAUAUAAGGUCAGGUAACCCAGUGCAGUAAUAAAUGCACAUUAUGACACAGUUUUACCGCAUGAGACUAUAUCGCAAAUCCCUGCCUCUCCCUAUAUUCUCAGCAUGUUGUGUAAUGUGUGGAGAAUCAUGGGAAAUGUAGUCCAGUGAACCUGGAGUGCCUUUAUCAGUUAUGUUUCUCUAGUGUGCUUGCAUAGGACAUUAUAUAUUCCUGACCUUUUCCUGUUUAGCAAAUCAUAAAAAAGGAUAAUUUGCUUUAAUUCUCUUAUUCUAUCUUUUCCAACACGUGAACAACACUGUAUCAACAUUUUCCAAUUAGAUUUGACAUUUAAUCUGACUGCAGUUUGGUGUUCGAGCACCCGCAGCUGGGAUUAAGGAAGUCUUUGUGUAUUUCGGCAGUGCUGGUCAUUUUCACAUUUAUUGUGUUUGUUCUGCACGGAGAAGGGUUUUGAUGGGACAAGUGGGCAAAUCAGCGGCCAGUGAAUGUGAGAUUCAUAGCGAUUGUUUGUGUCGUUUUCCCCUUAUAUUUAUACUGGGCCAUUCUCUCUCUCUUCACACUGUAACAGAAUUUCAGCUUGUUUCACCCAUGAUCAUUCUGUGUCUUUCCUAAGGUCCCCUCUCCAUGUCAUCCAUAGGUCCUAUUCUCCUUUUUGUUUCACACUCCCCCCUUUUAAUGUUCUUCUUUUCCUGCUGUGAUCUCUUCCUGUGUUUAAGAUUCAACACAACAGCUCCAAAUACCUUUUAUAGUGUUAGAUUACUGUCCCUUUCCCUCUGUUUGUGAGAGAGUCUCUUGCCGCAGGUAUGCGGUCCAAUCAUUUGGUUCUCCGAGAGGGAUUCUGUGCCAGCAUUGCUUCUUUCCAAAUAUAGGCAAAAAAAAAAAAAGCAUUAUUCGCACUUAGCAGAAAUUCUCUUAUAACACAAAAUCGUGAAAAAGCAAUAAAUCCAAAUCAUCUGUAAGUUCUUAUUCGCCUCUGCAUGCUGUUGUACAUGUAAGCACUCCAAAAAAAUAAAUACAACUAAAUCUUUAGAGUCCCAACAUUAGUAUAAUGUUUAAAAAAAAAUAAAAGGCUAUUUCCAAGUAAUAGGGAAUUGAAUAAUAGUUGCACAAUAGUCUGUAUAUUCAGUCGUUUAAAUUGAUCCAAUCCAGGUGUAACUUUGUAUCCACCUUAAAUUAGAAAAGACACAGACCUAGUGUAACACUGCAAAUAUUUUAUUCUCCCUUAGAAAACCCUUUUGUGGAACUCUUACAGAAUAUGAUGGUGGAACUUAUCUCUAAGGACCAGUAUUAGGCAUUGAUACAGUACAGUGCACUAGUCGAAAUAGAUGUAUUACCGCUCCGUCGAUAGGAUAUUGCAAACCGAUCCUGUGCACUGGAACCGGUGCAGACCUCUGUCUCCUCGGAAGAACGUCCACUGGGAGUGCCGCUGGACUUGCUCCCAAUGUUACCACCAGGCUCGAUCUACGCUUUUCGCCUUUUAGAUUGGGCUUUCUCAAGAUAGGAUAUCUGGCAGAAUUGAAUUAAAGUCCGUAUGGAAUUUCUCUUGUAAACGGAAAAAGUCCAAAUAAUAACGAGGGGGUAUAAAACCAUUACAAUUCAUAAAUAUCAAACAGCAUAGAAAGUAUGUAUGGAAAAGGUUAAUUUGGUAUACGGUUUUUACACACUUUACAUAUAUCAAAAUAAAAUACAUUAAAAAUAACAAUUAAAACAACUUAUGUGUCUCAAAAGGAAAAAACAAUUAUGUAGCAGAGGGAAGAGAACCCAGAAUGGUAGAUAUUGCAGGAGUUUUUAAUUGAUCUAAUGCUGUGCUGACUAAAGACCAAAUUAAGGUCAUUAAUAAGAAUAAUUUUCAGCAUACAGCCUUGCAGAAUAAAUCCAUUGUCUGCCCUAACAAUCAGAUGGGCGCACCCAGGAACGCUCUAAUGGCAGAUCUGGACAAAAUUCCAGAAAGAAUUCCUGGCAAAAAAUCGAAUCUAACUAUACAGGAAAAAAGGCGUUACAAGAACUACACGGUAAUAAAGCAGUACCUGGAAAACCUGCAGACAAAACUGGAGGGUGUUAAUCAAUACAACAGAUGAUACAGAAUGUAAACUAACUCUGAAUGAUAAAGACCCCACUAUAGAUACCAAAUAAUUACUCCUUACAAAAGGGAAAUUCAUGGGAAUUUUAACUAAAAAAAAAAGUUGCUCCAAGGAGACAGAGGUCUGCACCGGUUCCAGUGCACAGGAUCGGUUUGCAAUAUCCUAUCGACGGAGCGGUAAUACAUCUAUUUCGACUAGUGCACUGUACUGUAUCAAUGCCUAAUACUGGUCCUUAGAGAUAAGUUCCACCACCAUAUUCUGUAAGAGUUCCACAAAAGGGUUUUCUAAGGGAGAAUAAAAUAUUUGCAGUGUUACACUAGGUCUGUGUCUCUUCUAAUUUAAGGUGGAUACAAAGUUACACCUGGAUUGGAUCCAUUUAAACGACUGAAUACACAGACUAUUGUGCAACUAUUAUUCAAUUCCCUAUUACUUGGAAAUAGCCUUUUAUUUUUUUAAAUUUCUUUUAUUUAACAUUAUGCUAAUGUUGGGACGCUAACAAUUUGUAUUUAUUGCUUUUUCCCUAUUUUGUGUUGUAAGGGAAUAUCUGCUAAGCGCUGAUACUGCUUUUUUGCCUAUAUUUAGCUUUGAAACUUGGGAAGGUUUUUAUUGUAUUUAGCGGCUCUCUUACACUGUUCUAUUUUAACUGAUUUGCACUCUUAUUUUUAUUAUUCUCUUCAAAUAUGAUGACACCAAGACCCAUUUAUUAAAUCCGACCCCUGGAAUUGUAUAAUAACACUAAGACGCCCCCCUUUCUUCUUGGCUUUAAAGCAAUGAGGAAUUAUAAGAAAUCAGAUGACCAUUUCUUUGUAUUUGUUUUAGGAUUGUGGAAAUCUACAGCAGACGACUGCAAGGUAAGUACUCUUCCAUGAUGUAAGUCGACUGAUUCUGACAUUGAAAGUGCACCCCAGGGCAGAUUAUUUUUAGAUAAAGGUUAUGAAAGUCCAGUUUCUUUAUAUAUAUAUACAAGCUUAUCUCCUGUCUCGUUAUCAGUGCCAGGUUCAAAGGUACAUCUUUCCACAGCUGAGCUCCGGCCGCUGCUUACUUUGACAUAAAAUCUUUUGACAGUGGACAGAAUGUCUGUAUAUUAGCUGUCAGCAAUGAAAGGCCAAAAUGCAAAUCAAACACGGUGGAGCCUGCAGUCUUUUUAUUCUAUUCUAUAUUUUAUGCUGGUGAUUUUUGGAUUAUUUGAAAUAAAAAUCACAUGCACAAAAUAAUUAUUUAUGCAUAUUUUAAGCUUAUAUCCAGAUAUAAAAUUAUAAUCCGUACUUUUAUUAAAAAAAAACAAAAAUCAGAUGUCUGUUGAGCAACACUCAAAACUUAACGAAAUCUUAUAUUCUCCUUUCACUCCCCCAAAAAAAAAAACCCUCCUAAAACAUUGAGUUUGCAGACGGGGGAAUGGUGACUACAGUUUUACUGAAUACAAUGUGUUAAUUAAACAAUGUCCCCAGCCUCCCGCCCUUUAUACAGCCACCUAGUCAUUAAUACCUUCUUACGCAGAAGCCCAGUGCGGAUGGCAAUCAUGCUUCGACACCAAAAGGAUCAUUAAGUAGGAGACAUUUUAUGGACAACCUACUGUUUGUUUUAAGAUUAUUUUUUAUUUUUUUUUGAAUUUGACAAUUUUUAUUGUACAAUGCAACGAGAUACCGUCAUGACAAAUCAGUGUAAAUCACAUGCUGACAACACAAUCCAACACUUCACUGCUUGUUGUUACAGAUAUUAGGUAGUUGUUCUUAUUCUCCCAUCUCCCUCUGAGGGUUCAGGAAGGUAGGCGGUUAUGCAGGAGUGUGUCGUGCAUGUCUUUGCCAAGGUUGCCUUAUACCACAAGGUGGCCGGAGGCUCUGUGUAUAUCAUCCUCAAUGUUUUAAGAUUAUUUUUAUUAUUCACAUGGCUUAUACAAGAUUAAUAAAAUAAUAUUCUUAUGUAAUCCAUGUGAAUAAGCAAAAAAUUCCCAUGGAUUUUAUAUUUUUAUUAUUCCCAUAGAUUUUAUAAGAUUAUUUUUAUUAUGGUUCUUCGAGCCAUGUUUGUUUGUAGUAAACAAUUUUGCACAAUAUUUGACGACUCAGAACUGCUUGUGCCUCAGGUGUGAUGUGUACAUUGCUGUGUGAGGGUAGGCUAUGACCUGGAGGAACAGAUCGAUUACAUGGUUUGGUGAACAUGUUGGAUUGUGUAAAAACAAAAAUAGUAAUCUCUGAAUCAGUGCUAGAACAAUCCGAACAAUGUGAAAGGUCACAUGUCCAAAGCCAGGCAUCUCCAAAUUGUGAAAUAAGUGCGUGACUUGUUAUAUGACAUCGGCAUUUUAUGGGUCAAUACGCCACUCACUGCUUACCGAUAUAUUUACAGUUUGUAUCUGAAAGUUCACUCUCAUUUUGUCCUUUCUACAUGGUGAGAGGAACACGUUUAUUGUAUAUUUUUAUUCCCGUGUCACAAUGCAGGAUGGUUUAUAUGGCUAUGGACUCCUGUAGUAAGCGCAAGUGUAUAUAAUAAAUGUGGCACUGCCUAGCUCUGACAUCGUGGCUGUUAUAGGACAUUAAAGGGACACACAAACUGGGCACUAUAGUGGUUAUGGUGCCGCUCCUCACCUUUCUGUAGGCAGUAGAGCCAGAACUCCUGGCACCAUAACUAUUACAACUUCCUGUAGUUAUGGUGUUUGGAGGGCUUUGUAAGGUGUAAAUGAGCUAAACAGGUGAGAAGUAGACCCUUGAAACAUCUCCUCUGUUUAUUAAGCUGCGUAUUAGGGCACAGCAGACUAUAUAUCCUUUAUUUCAUCUUACACCUGUGGCCCUUAAACAUUAAUGCUGACUCUAAUGCAGAAUUUACGUAUGCUGCUAUAUCUGAGGAGAGGGCUGAAUACAUUCUCAGCUGUUCCUCUUCGUGCAAUAACGCCUGGGAAAAUGAGCCGGAGAGACUUUUAUUAAAAUGAUUCCUUACAGCUCUGCCUAACUCAGGCAUUUAACCUGGUUUUAGACCAUAAUAGAAACUGCAUUUUCAGCUUAGGGUAAGCCCCGAAUUGCAUCAUACUGAAUUGUGAAUGGUAAGUUAUUCUAAACCGCAGCACUAGAGCCUGGUACCAGAUCAUCUGCGUUGGCUUACAUUUAUCCUUUAUACGGAAUUCACUAUUAACAGAGUUCUUUACCAAAGGCAGAGUUGUCUGAAUUCGAGGUGAAUCUUUCAGAUACUGAAACCAUUCUCCAAGUCUUGGUUUCCAGUUCACUUUUGGUGUAAAAUGUAGAAUUAAUUUUCAGGGUUAUUCAAAGUCAAAUGUAGGACAUGACGUUACACCCAAGCUGCGCUGUAAUGGUGGGAUCUCAUGAAAGGCUGGUCCCACUUUGAAAACACUUUGAUUUAUUAAACCACAAACUCUGCAGCGCUAUAAGUAGGUGGACAUUGAAUGAAAAAGUCUUGUAUGACUUAUUUAUAAUGGGGAGAAAAAUAGCUUAAUUAUACAGAAAGUAACUGGGUUUAUCUUACCAGCUCUUGAUUUUGUUCCCUUUUUUUGCAGUUCAGGAACGUCUUACGAAACAAAUUGCCAUAGCAAUCACUGAAGCGCUGCAGCCGUCUGGGGUCGGAGUAGUCAUAGAAGCCACGUAAGCUGCACUGUUUAUGUUCUCAUCCAUCGUAAGGAUAUAAAGUAUAAAAUAAUUGUGGAGCUUCGAGCCAGCACGAUGGACAGAGAGCACACUGCGAUAGCUCUCUGAUUUCUUUCCCUGAACUAAUAACUUUACUUUCAUUUGUAAAGACCACAAGAAAAAUGACUCCCAGAAUUCUCACUUGAAUAACCCUGUCUGUAUUUUCCUCCAUGUGCUAUAUGGGUUAAAUCUUCCUUUGAAAACUCUGUCUAAAUCUGGUAAUUUAAUUUUCAAUUCAAAGCAGGAGAAUUAUUUUGCCAAUGUUGUCUGAACUGAAUAUUUGGGCAUAGAAUAGUUGAUUCUUAUGAGAAUAAAAAAAAAAUAGUUUUAAAAGCAGAAUUAGUGGAUGGGUAGGUGAGAGUAUGAGGGCGAAUGGGAGUAUUAGAGGCAGACUUGUACGUGUGAGCCCCGUGUAAAUACACGCCCUUGCCAAAGAUCUCCAGAUAGGUGAGCAUUAAGGCUCCCUGCAUUUAGACACCUUAAAGAGGUGGGAUUCCCUGGGCGCAAUAGUCUCACAGAGAUGAGGGGAAUGCUGAAUACGGCCCAGGCCCGCUGGCUGCCGUACCAACCUCUGCAUCUAGAAUUACAACACACCUUUCAUGGAGUCCCCCUGCUAUAGCGCACUGGGUUUAAACAAGACAGUAUACCUAGGCAGAGCGCAGUGCGAUGGUGACAUGGAAGGGGAUGAGAUAGAGGAGUGGGCUUUGGAUUACCCUUAAGGGCUCUGUUUUUAUUGUUUCUCUCAAACUUAGUUUCUUUGUGUCAUGUACCUGUUUUUAUGCUGUAAUCAGCCGUAUUAAUUCAUGCAAUGUCUGAAAUUUCUGCAUUACCAAAAUGUGUGGAUGUAAUCCACAUCAAAAAUAAAGAAUUAUAAAAAUAAAUAAAAUAAGCAGAGUUAGAACCCCUUUUCAGAACACUUGGCAAAGUCUUUCCGAAUGUGCCAGUUUGAAGCAGUUCUCUAACUUGGCUAUAGGCACAGCUAGGCUGUUUUAGCUGCAAGUCUUACCAUUUGGAUUUUAACUACAUGAACAGAGUGUAUUGCAGCUCCUGUAUCUGCUCCCUUGUGAUCGGAUGAUGUUAGCUCAGCUUGAAAAGCCAAUAGCAGAGAUCACCAUCAUACCAAACAAAAUACGCUAUAUUAGAAUGGAAGUGAAAAUAAAUCCUUUCGUUUAUAUCUUUAUAAUCUAGUGUGUGCACCUUUAUGAAAAAUAAUUUACAACAUGGUGUAAAACCUUAAAACUGCUAAUAUCAAAAUGUCUAUAAUAGAACACUCACGUGUUGUAGAGACGUUUGGGUCUGUAUGGGACCGUGAACACUCCUCUCGUUAUAGGUAAAUUGAAAGAGAUAUCUUUUCCUUCCCAGGCUGCUUCAUAGACGAGAUGUAUAAAUGGUGUAAUAUUGCUUUAAAACCACACAACUAUAAAUGAGGUUAUUGUACUCACAAGCUUGGAGCCCAUCAAUUGGCUCAAUAAAAGUUUAUAUAUAUAUAUUUAAUAUUGAGUUAUUGUACAACAAGUUUAUACUUUAUUAAAGCAACAAUUAUAAAAAUAUAUAUCUCUAUCUGAUUCCCUGAGCGUGUUAUAAUGACUGGCCAUCGUUCCUGCAUAUAAACCUCCUUAAUCCUAGUAAGCUGCUUUGGCCGUUUCUCCACUUGUUCCUGAGACAAACUCUAUUUUACAAUCCUCCUUUUCAGACGUAACGUCACUUCCGGUCUUAUCUGCGUUGUCUUUUUUUAUUUUAUUUUGUCCCACUGACAGAGGAAACCACGGCCGGCCGUUCCACUGACAGAGGAAACCGGGGCCGUUCGUGCCACUGACAGAGGAAACUGCGGCCGUUCGUUUCACUUGCAUCAACAAAUGUGUCAAUAUAUUUUAAAUGUCCUUAUAUAUAUAUAUAUAUAAUAUCUCAUAUAUGGGAAACAGAAACCAGUAUAAAGACUCCCACAAUCCACAUUUCUAAAUAUAAGAUAAAGAGAAAUAAGACAAUUAUAAAAAGUACGUCAUCCACAUUCUUAUAUCGGGAUAUAAAUAGAUAUAUAAAAGUCACUGUAUGAUCCCAAUACUGAAAUAUCAUCUAUUAUGUAUAAAACUAUAUAAAUCUCGGAAAAUUCCAUCUAAAAACCGUUAUAAAUGAUUAAUAAAAUACACACAACUGAUAAAGCAAGUUUCUUUUAAAAUUUAUAUAAAUUAUCUUAAUAGUGAUUUGGAGAUUGUUUGUUUUGUUUUGAUUUUGUUUUGGUUUGUUUUUUAAGAUCGUGGAGAAUCAAAUUAUUUAAAUGAAAGAUCCAACAUCAUUUUAUUAUUGUCUGCAUCCGUAAAAACCAAUAUGUAUUUUUAAAAAUGUAGCAGCCUGAUCGUGGCUCUUUACCAAUAUACUUUACUUUUACCCUUUUAGGAUCUUUUACGAAAAGUAUUUUCCCAGAACAACCAAUUUCACUCAACCAGCCAUAGAGGAGUAAAAAAAAAAGUAUAUUGGUAAAGAGCCACGAUAAAAAAAACAUAUUGGUUUUACGGACGCAGACAGUGUUUGGCAUGUUCUAGGAGAAAAGACAACGAUUGUAACUCUAUUAUUUAAAAGUUGCACUACUGAAGGCAACAGAAAAUUGCAUUAGGCUUGUCAGUAAAAGCAAAAAAUUCAAGAAACCACUGUGGUACCCCGCAGAUGUGGCCAAAAUAGUUAAAAACAAAAAGUUAGCAUUUAGGAAUUAUAAAAAAAACCAGAGUGAGGGAGACAAAAUGAUCUAUAAGAUUAGGCAGAAAGAGGCUAAGCAAGUUAUAAGAGCUUCCAAAUCACACACAGAAGAGAAAAUAGCACAGUCAGUAAAAAAAGGGGAUAAAACAUUUUUUAGAUACAUAAAUGAGAAAAGAAAAGUAAAACAAGGAUUAGUUAUAUUAAAAACAAAAGAAGGAAGGUAUGUAGAAGAGGAUAAAGGUCUAGCUGACUGCCUCAAUGAAUAUUUUUGUUCUGUAUUUACAGAAGAAAAUGAAGGAAAGGGACCUCAGUUGAGAAAAAGGAUAAAUGAGUCAUUUAUUACACGUGAGUUUACAGAGGAAGAGGUUCUAUUUCAACUGUCAAAAGUAAAGACAAAUAAGUCAAUGGGACCUGAUGGAAUACACCCAAAGCUAUUAAAAGAGCUUAGUGGUGUACUAGCAAAACCAUUAACAGAUUUAUUUAACCAAUCAUUGUUAACAGGAGUAGUCCCAGAAGAUUGGAAGUUAGCGAAUGUUGUGCCCAUUUACAAGAAAGGUAAUAGGGAGGAGUCGGGCAACUAUAGGCCAGUAAGCCUUACUUCAGUAGUGGGAAAGUGAUGGAAACCAUGUUAAAGGAUAGGAUUGAUGAACAUCUAAAAACACAUGGAUUUCAAGAUCAGAGACAACAUGGGUUUACUUCAGGGAGAUCAUGCCAAACUAAUCUUAUUGAUUGAUUGGGUAACUAAAAUUAUAGAUCAGGGUGGUGCAGUAGACAUUGCUUACCUAGAUUUCAGUAAGGCUUUUGACACUGUUGCACAUAGAAGGCUUAUCAAUAAACUGCAAUCUUUAAGUUUGGAUUCCAAUAUUGUUGAAUGGGUAAGGCAGUGGCUGAGUGACAGGCAACAGAGGGUUGUAGUUAAUGGAAUAUAUUCAAGCUUGGACUUGUCACCAGUGGGGUACCUCAGGGAUCUGUACUUGGACCCAUUCUCUUUAAUAUUUUUAUUAGUGAUAUUGCAGAAGGUCUUGAUGGUAAGGUAUGUCUUUUUCCUGAUGAUACUAAGAUAUGUAACAGGGUUGAUGUUCCAGGAGGGAUAAGCCAAAUGGCAAAUGUUUUAGGUAAACUAGAAAAAUGUCAGAGUUGUGGCAACUGACAUUUAAUGUGGAUAAGUGCAAGAUAAUGCAUCUUGGACGUAAAAACCCAAGGGCAGAGUACAGAAUAUUUGCUAGAGUCCUAACCUCAACAUCUGAGGAAAGGGAUUUAGGGGUGGUUAUUUCUGAUGACUUAAAGGUAGGCAGACAAUGUAAUAGAGCAGCAGGAAAUGCUAGCAGAAUGCUUAGUUGUAUAGGGAGAGGUAUUAGCAGUAGAAAGAGGGAAGUGCUCAUGCCAUUGUACAGAACACUGGUGAGACCUCACUUGGAGUAUUGUACACAGUACUGGAGACCGUAUCUUCAGAAGGAUAUUGAUACCUUAGAGAGGGUUCAGAGAAGGGCUACUAAACUGGUUCAUGGAUUGCGGGAUAAAACUUACCAGGAAAGGUUAAAGGAUCUUAACAUGUAUAGCUUGGAGGAAAGACGAGACAGGGGGGAUAUGAUAGAAACAUUUAAAUAUAUAAAGGGAAUCAACACAGUAAAGGAGGAGACUAUAUUUAAAAGAAUUUGAACACACAAAAAAAUGUGGAAUGAUGGCGCUAUAUAAUAAGUGAAUUUGUGAUUUUUAGCUGCUAUAUACACUCCGUGGGUACUCCUUAUAACCCACCAUUCAUAGAUAAACACCAAAAAAAGAGAGAGAACUUUGGAUUUAGGUAGAUACUAUAUAUCCCCCAAAUCCCUAGUUUCUCAUGAGUGUAGCGCUGAAUAUAAAGUGAAAAUUUCAGUGAAGGAAUAGUGCUAGAACACGCACUUACCCUAUAUAUUGUGCUUUAGUUUUCUUAAUGGUAUACCAAGAAAAAAGAACAUAAAAAAUACAAAUAAUAGUGUAGUAUAUUAAAUGGAUAUUGUAUAAAGUCUUUUAGUUGUAAAUGAUGAAUUGAAAUGAACUCACAUUUUUUAGAGCCUUUUCCAGUUAUAAGGCUCUAAACUUCCAGGUGUCUGUGUCUUUUUUAGGGGUAGAUCACACGACCCGUCUCCCAAGAUGAAAAAGGGCGUAAAUUUCUCUCCACGUUGCAUAGAAAAGAGACACAGAUAUCCCCAAUCUAAAUGUAGUAUUUUAGAUUCUGAUGUAGAUCAAUGUAAAUAAAAUACAAAAGUGCUCACCUUCUUUAGAGCCUCUGGUUACCGGCUCUAAGUAUUUUAGCCUAGUGUCAAAUUAAUAGGGAUGACACUGCCCCCUUCUUGGAAUCACUUGCGCAGAGUAUGAUUGAAUAGUAAAUAAAAUGUAUAUAUUUAUUUUGAAAACUAUAAAAAUGUAUACAUGAUACUAGAAAAUAAUAAAAACAGUUACAUAAAAUAUAAAUAUAUUGGGUGGUCUAUUUACAGGUCCACCUAGUUAGCCAAAACGCGUUUCACCGAUCAGAACGGCUUCCUCAGUCAGCUUCAAACAAUAUUGUGCAUCCAGUCUCCUUUUUAUACCUUCAAAUUUCCCGCCAGAAAAUUCCUCUGUUCGUUGGUUUAAUUGCGUCCAGUGUCUCCAGUAUGGCGUCACGUCACUUCCGCCCUUUAAUCCUACAAGUCCCAUCCUGCUUUGGGUUUACUGGUGUCACUUCCGGUUUUCGCGGGCAAAAAUGCCGUCGCGUCACUUCCGGUUUCGUGAACUACACGUCCCAUGGUGCACUGCCCCUAAAUCUCAGUUCCUAAUAGUAGUAUUUGUUUCACUGUUGCCCCUUUUCUCUGAAGAUACAUUCCGAGUACAUUUAGAAAAUAAACACAUCAGUGAUAUGAUUCAUAACAUAAAGGAAAAAAAAAUAGAAACAGUAAAGACAAUAGAAAAUGACAUUGUAUAUACAGCAAAAUAUCUAAUCAGUAUUAUAUUUUGAUGUAUUGAAGAACUUUAUAUAAUUCCAGUGUUGAAAAUAUAUAUUGCCUGGAAUAUUUAUAUGGUUCUAUAAUUGUGUAAUAAUUUAUUCUUAUAGUCAUUUACAAUUUAUUGGUGUGCAGAUCCCUAUUUGGUAUAUUUCUUAGGUCCUACAACAGUAAUAUGUAUUAUUAAUUAUGAUGUUUAGAAUUAUAAAAUAGUAUGUUUUUUAUAUGAAAUAAAUUAAUUAAAAGAUAAAUAAAUUUUAAUUAAUAGACCAAACAUCUAAAAAAUAAUAAUUUUUGAAGAAGAAUAAUUAUAAAAAAUGACAUAAUUCGAAAUCUGCAUUCAAGCCUUGGGGGGUUAGAGUGUUUAAAUUAAAUAUCCAUUUUGUUUCUAAUUGACCUAAUUUUCUUAUUUCGUCCUCCCCUCGCCAAUUUAAGGUGACUUUUUGGAUAGCAUAAAAAUCUAAAAAUUGUGGAUCUUUGUCAUGUAUUAAUCUAAAAUGGUCUGAAACACUAUGCUUAUCGUAGCCCUUCUUAAUGUUCCGUAUAUGCUCAUUUAUUCUCACAUUCAUUGAAUGUGAGAAUAAAUGAGCAUAUACGGAACAUUAAACCAACGAACAGAGGAAUUUUCUGGCGGGAAAUUUGAAGGUAUAAAAAGGAGACUGGAUGCACAAUAUUGUUUGAAGCUGACUGAGGAAGCCGUUCUGAUCGGUGAAACGCGUUUUGGCUAACUAGGUGGACCUGUAAAUAGACCACCCAAUAUAUUUAUAUUUUAUGUAACUGUUUUUAUUAUUUUCUAGUAUCAUGUAUACAUUUUUAUAGUUUUCAAAAUAAAUAUAUACAUUUUAUUUACUAUUCAAUCAUACUCUGCGCAAGUGAUUCCAAGAAGGGGGCAGUGUCAUCCCUAUUAAUUUGACACUAGGCUAAAAUACUUAGAGCCGGUAACCAGAGGCUCUAAAGAAGGUGAGCACUUUUGUAUUUUAUUUACAUUGAUCUACAUCAGAAUCUAAAAUACUACAUUUAGAUUGGGGAUAUCUGUGUCUCUUUUCUAUGCAACGUGGAGAGAAAUUUACGCCCUUUUUCAUCUUGGGAGACGGGUCGUGUGAUCUACCCCUAAAAAAGACACAGACACCUGGAAGUUUAGAGCCUUAUAACUGGAAAAGGCUCUAAAAAAUGUGAGUUCAUUUCAAUUCAUCAUUUACAACUAAAAGACUUUAUACAAUAUUCAUUUAAUAUACUACACUAUUAUUUGUAUUUUUUAUGUUCUUUUUUCUUGAUAUACCAUUAAGAAAACUAAAGCACAAUAUAUAGGGUAAGUGCGUGUUCUAGCACUAUUCCUUCACUGAAAUUUUCACUUUAUAUUCAGCGCUACACUCAUGAGAAACUAGGGAUUUGGGGGAUAUAUAGUAUCUACCUAAAUCCAAAGUUCUCUCUCUUUUUUUGGUGUUUAUAUUUAAAAGAAGAAAAACUACCACAACAAGAGGACAUAGUCUUAAAUUAGAGGGACAAAGGUUUAAAAAUAAUAUCAGGAAGUAUUACUUUACUGAGAGGGUAGUGGAUGCAUGGAAUAGCCUUCCAGCUGAAGUGGUAGAGGUUAACACAGUAAAGGAGUUUAAGCAUGCGUGGGAUAGGCAUAAGGCUAUCCUAACUAUAAGAUAAGGCUAGGGACUAAUGAAAGUAUUUAGAAAAUUGGGCAGACUAGAUGGGCCGAAUGGUUCUUAUCUGCCGUCACAUUCUAUGUUUCUAUGACAGGAGAGGGUCUAUCAUUAUUAAUAAAUAUAUAAAUAAUGUUUUGGAUGUCUCUGCGGAUUACGCUAUGUAGGAAGAACAAGGGCCCAACAUAUCCGUAUUGGGGAACAUUAUCAAUGGAUUCAUCAUAGUGUAUCCUCUCACUUUAAACAUUGUCAGAAUAAGGAUCCAAAAGGCCCGAAGUUUAGAGGGAUAAAUAAAAUGCAGAAAUAUUGGAGGGUAAUAAAAUUAUUAGAAUUGAUCUUUAAUUUAAAUAAGUUGAUUUUCCACAGUCUUAGAAAAAAAAAUCUCCAAAUCACUAUUAAGCUAAUUUAUUUAAACUGAUAAAACAAGUUUUUUUUGUUUUUGUUUUUUUUAAAUUGUGUGUAUUUUAUUAAUCAUUUAUGAAGUUUUUAGAUAUAAUUUUUUGGACAUGUAUAUAUUCACAUAAUAGAUAACAUUUCAGUACUGGGAUCAUACAGUGACUUUAUUUAUAGAUCUAUUAUGAAGAAUUUGGAUGACGUACUUUUUAUAAUUGUUUUAUUUCUCUUCAUCUUCUGAGAUCUCGUAUUUAGAAAUGUGGAUUGUGUGCAUCUCUUUAUAUUCGUUUCUGUUUCCCAUAUAUGAGAUAUUUUAUACAUAAGGACAUUAAAAGGCACUGACACACAUUUAUUGAUACAAGUAGAACGCAUGUACGUGGUUUCCUCUAUUAGUGGAACAAAAGAACACAUUUCCUCUGUCAGUGGCACGAACGGCCGCGGUUUCCUCUGUCAGUGGCACGAACGGCCGCGGUUUCCUCUGUCAGUGGCACGAACGGCCGCGGUUUCCUCUGUCAGUGGCACGAAAGAAAAUCAGAAUAGACGCAACGCAGAUAAGACCGGAAGUGACGUUAAGUCUGAAAAGGAGGAUUGUAAAAUAGUUUGUCUCAGGAACAAGCGGAGAAACGGCCAAAGCGGCUUACUAGGAUUAAGGAGGUUUAUAUGCAGGAACGAUGGCCAGUCAUUAUAACACGCUCACGGAAUCAGAGAUUAUAUAUAUAUAUUUUUUUUUUUUAUAAUUGUUGUUUUAAUAAAGUAUAAACUUGUUGUCCAGGAACUCAAUAUUCUAUAUUUUAUUUAUAUAUACAUAUAUUAUAGUUUUAUUGAGCCAAUUGAUAGGUUUCAAGCUUGUGAGUACAAUAACUUAAUUUAUACGUUGUGUGGUUUUAAAGCAAUAUUACACCAUUUAUACACCUUUAUCAGGAAAAGAUAUCUCUUUCAAUUUACCUAUAAUGAGAGGAGUGUUCACGGUCCCAUACAGACCCAUAUGUCUCUACAACCAGAGCUAGUUUUUUUCAGCUCUGGAACAUGUGAGUGUUCCAUUAUAGAUAUUUUUAGAUUAGUUUUAAAAGGACACUAUAGUCAGAACAUCUACAGCUUAUUUAAUGUGUUCUGGUUAGUCUCUUUUCAGAGAAAAUGCAGUGUUUACAUUACAGCCUAGUGAUAACUUCCCUGGCCACUCCUCAGAUAGCUGUUAGAGAUCCUUCCUGGGUCAUGGCUGCCUAAAAUGCAUCCAAACAUCCAGUCUCUCCUCCCUCUGCAUGCAGACACUGAACUAAGAGAUACAUUGAUUCAAUGUAUCUCUAUGAGGAGAUGCUGAUUGGCCAGGGCUGUGUUUGAAUCAUGCUGGCUCUGCCCCUGAUCUGCCUCUUUGUCAGUCUCAGCCAAUCCUAUGGAGAAGCAUUGUGAUUGGAUCAGCUACCACUUCUGAUAAUGUCAGCAGACUGCUUGUUUUUCUGAGUCUAACAGCAUGCAGAGUUACAGCUUCAGGCUUGAAUACAGUAAGAUUUCCUAUAUUUAUGGAGGCAUGAGGGGCCCAAGGAGGCUAGAUAGUGGUUUUAACACUAUAGGGUCAGGAAUACACGUUUGUGUUCCUGACCCUAUAGUGAUCCUUUAAGGUUUUACACUGUAACCGCAGCCGGCUCCCCUAUUUACCACUAUAACAUCUUAAAGCAUAUAAUUUAGCAAGGCUAACCGCACAGAUAUCUUAGCCAUAAUAUUAUAUAGUUAGUAAGAGUUCCUCUAUUUAAAAUAUAUAAAUAAUUAAGAAUACAAUAUAAAAUAGGGGUUAUCUUGGAAGCAAAAUUUUGUCUUUUUAAAUAUUUUAUUAAAUAAAAAUAUAAACUUAUAUAAACAUAAUAAUCCAUUACAAUAAUUCAUAGCAGAGUUUAUAAGAUUAAUGUAUAUGCUUGCAAUAUAAGUGAAAUAGAAUAACAUACCCAAUUAAAGAAGUCAACCUCUCAGUCAUGGUAAAAUGGAGCAGCGUCUGUCUCCGAAAUCUCUCCUGUUUCCUAAUAUUAAUAAGUACAUGUGGCCACGGGCUCUUGGAGGGGCCUGCUGGCCACCCUCUUUCCAAGAGACUAUGGAGCCUUUAAGAAUGUAUGUUAUUUAUGUACUUUUGUACUCCAGACAGAGAGACCGACCGUCUGUCAAAACUAUGACUUCCAUGGAAAUCCCAAACCCCUGAACCGAUCUGGGUGAUAUUUGGAUAUGUUGGUCCCCCAGAUCGGGGGAUGUGACUUUUGUGGGGUUUCCAUGUGUUUUGGGGGUACUUUUGGAAUAUUGUAAAAUUUAUGUUUUCUGUACCUGGAGAUAAUGGAGUUCGUACAGUUCCUGACUCAAUUAUCUCUCAGGCACAGGGGAGGGAUUAUCUUAUUUUUUGUGGGAGUGUCCUGGACCUGAGUGACCAAGUAGACAUUGUAAUGACAUUGGCUUAGAAAACCCCUUUGCACAGAGUACUUCCAAGCACUCCAUCAGACACCAUAACCACUGUAUGUCCCACAGCCAGCGUUACAGCCUGGUUGGGGUCUCGCUGUCCUCCACCCACCCUGGACCCAAGUCAGGGAUCCAGCUUCCAGUGGAUAGAUCUCUCCUACUCCAGAGAGUAUAGCAGGAUAGCUCUUACAAGAGCUAGUGAUUCUAAUCCAAGGGAGUAUAAUGAGUAUAGCAAUCCCCAGAGUGAAUAUGGCUGUCCCCUCCACACAUGAGAUGAGGCUCUAUGUUGAGGGUGAAGGGUAACUUGUUUAAUGGGAGCCACAUGCAGCCUUAUAUGCAACUCCCCAUGUAAGGGGUUUCUGGAUACUUAUUCCAGGGGCAUUCCCCUCUGGACCUGAGAGGAGACUACAGUAAACAUACACAUAAUUACAUUGGCUCUCAGGUCCAGGAGAGAGGUAAUUGCCUGAGAGAUAACCGAGUCAGGAACUGUACUAAACUCAAUUAUCUCCAGGUACAGAAAACAUACAUUUUAACAACACCCUGUAAGUUCCACCAAAACACAUUGAGACCCCAGAAAAGUCACACCCCCGGAUAGCCCCAAUCUGGGGGACCAACAUAUCCAAAAAUCACCCAGAUCAGUUCAGGGGUUCAGGAUUUCCAAGGAAGUCAUAAUUUUGACCGACCGUGCACAUGGUCCUAUGCCCAAAACAGUUCCAGGGAAUUAGGGCUAACGGUCGGUCUCUCUUUCUAGAGUACAAAAGUACAUAUAUCCAGGUACCUCCAGACCACUUCUGCCCAUUGUCUGGGUGCCAACUCCCACAAACCUUAACCCUGCAAGUGUAAUUAUUGUAGUUUUCAUAAACUGCAAUAUUUACCUUGCAGGGUUUAGUCCUCCUAUCAGACAGCCACUAGAUGGACUUCCGUGUUCUAGAACACAAAAAGUGUGUUAUACGACGCUGGACGUCCUCACGCUAUGUGAGGACCUCCAGCGUCGCUAAAAUCCCCAUAGGAAAGCAUUAAAUAAUGAUUUUCUAUGGGGAGGACUAAUGCGCGCACGCGGCCGUUGCCGUGCAUGCGCAUUAGGUUCCCCCGCUGGCUGACGGUGGGGGAGGAGAGUAGGCUGAUAUCGGCGCUGGACUCUGGUAAGCCACUGAAGGGGUUUUAACCCCUUCAGCAACUUGGGAUGGGGGGGAGAGGGGUACUACAGGGUCCUGUAGUGCCAGGAAACCUAAUGUUUUCCUGGCACUGGAGAAUACCUAUAAGUUUUUAAAGGGCCCAUAGUGAUCAUUUGGCAAGAGGCUGGGCAGCAGGCCCCUCCAAGAGCCCGCGGAUGUUCAAUUAGGUCAUGUUAGGACCUGCCUUAACUUGGCAAAGAUACGAGGCCAGAACUUGGUCAUUUCACAGGGGAACAUCUUAUCUAUGUCUAGACUAAAACGUAAGGGCGCACAUGGCAUGGGAAAUUCCCUGACUUGGGGAUUAAACUAACCUAGGACAAGAUGGCGUCCUAAAAUCUGAAUAUGGGUAAGAGGUCAUUUAUUAAAGAAACAUUGUAUGAACAACAAUAUUUUCCAUUUCUAACAAACUAUCAGUUUGCAGAAUCUCUUAACCCCUUAAGACCGCAGGGCGUUCUAUGCCGUCCUUAUUUAGAUGGCUCUAAAAGCCGCAGGGCGUUCUAUGCCGUCCUUAUUUAGAUGGCUCUAAAAGCCUCAGGGCGGCAUAGAACGCCCUGCGAUCUUAUGUACUUACCUGGUCGCCGGCAAUCGCGGUCUGGAGACUCACCUGGGAAUCCCCCUCCGUCCUCUUCGGCCCCCCUGGGCCAGGUGAUCGCGAGGUCACAGUAGGGGGAGUGCCUGUAAUGACAGGUAGUGGAUGUUCUAAUAAAUUUACUCUGAGGUCAAAGCCUAAGUUUUACAUCUCAGACUCUACAAGCCUCAGCAUGUUAAACCUAAUUAAAUUGCUGUGGCGGGGCCUUAAGAGAGCUGUGCAUGAACAAAUGUUGGAAAAACCACAAUAAAUUGAAACAAUGGUGUAAAGAAGAGUGGGACAAAAUUCCUUCACAAAAGUAAAGAACUAUACUGUAAAAAUGAAACCUCUUUUUCAUUGAGGCUAUGUGUGUCAAGAGCUGCAAGAAAAGUGUUUUAACUCCUAAACUGCAUGGGCAUGAUUUACACACCAAAACUUCUUCAGUAAAUUUAAAGGACCACUAUAGGCACCCAGACCACUUCAGCUCAGUGAAGUGGUUUGGGUGCCAGCCAGGUCCCCUAGUUUUAAAUCUGCAGCUAAAACCAUAGCAGUUUCAGAGAAACUGCUAUGUUUACACUGCAGGGUUAAUCCAGCCUCUAGUGGCUGUCUCCCUGAUAGCCACUAGAGGCGCUUCUGCGAUUUACACGGAGUAAAUCGUACUUUUCUAUGCAGAUCUUCUUUGACCUCACGGAGUUCAGCGAGCGUCAAAUAAGAUCCACAUAGGAAAGUGUGACGAGAGCAAUCUCGCCACAUUGCAUUGGAGAAGCCUGGUUGCUCGCCUGUUACCUUUGGACUAUGGCCCCAUGUUAAGACAUCUUUUUCCCUGCAGAAAAGACUUAUUCGUGCUUUUCUGCCUGGUGUUCGAUAGAUUUAAUCUACCGAACAACCGCAUAAAUGACUAGACCACCUGGGAGCUGGAGUGUGCCGGCAAUUAGCCUCCCAGAAGCUGCAGUUAACCGCAGCUUAAUUGACGCAUACUGGGUGGCCGCCAUUCGUAUCACGAACAUGAGGUCGCGGCCAUUUCAAACACGCGAACGCACAGCGGUGUUCGACGCCUAAUUCAUGGAACUAAAAACGGACACAGUUUGGCGCGAACACCGCUGAAGCCGUCGACCUCCCUUCUUGUUCGGCGGGAGUGCACGAACGGCCCGGUGUUCGGUAGUUUUACCUGACUGUAUUAUACCCCAGAUAGGAAUCCCAUGGAGCUCAUUCGUAUGAGAACUAACUUUGUAAAGACUUUGGCUCCAUGGCAAUUGAACUGUAUUCGUGUGGUCUGAGCGCCAUUCGUUUAAUAAUAUGCGCUCAGACCUGAGCUAUCUGGGGACAUGUUAAAUGUAUAGUUUUAAUGUAAUGUGUCUUACAUAGUGUAUUUUAAUAAUAAUUCUUGUGUUAGUAUCCCCACGUGCAUAAUGGCGAUUUACCUUUGUCCUGGGAGAUAAUUGAAUUACUUCUCUAUUAUCUCCAGGGCAGAGGGGAGGAAGCCAGGAUGCAUUGUGGGAAUAUACUGUGACUGUGUGUCCUAUUUAUCUACUUGUCUGUCUUUUGUCACAGUCUCCCAUCUGGUCCCCUAGGGGAGUGUCCACCAGGUGGGAGACCUUCAUAAAUACUGGGCAGGUAGCCCUCAUUAAACAGACCACUGCUUGACCCUCAACACGGAGCCUUGUCUCGUCUUUGGGGGGAUUUACUGUAUGCUGAUAGAGACUGAUUGCUAGGAGUGUAAGCCGCUUGGAUGCUUAUCCUAUUCGUCUGCUAGCAGCUAUUCGUAUGGUUCGAGUUCGGGAGUUUGGAGCAUUCCCUUACAUGCGGUUCGUGAGUUUGGUGUUCUACAGUAGCUGUGCCUGCAUCUCUGGAAAGGGGGACGAUCGCCUAAACGGUUUUAACCCCUUGUGUGCUGAAACGGUCCGUUACAGAAAGCAUUCGGCUACACUGUGGAUCUGACAUCGACUUGGAAGGAGAGGCCACCAGCACCGAGGGAGCCCGGCGCUGGAUUAAGGUAAGUGGCUGAAGGGGUUUUAACCCCUUCAGCUAUGAGGUAGGGGGGCACUCCAAGAGCCUAUAGUGCCAGGAAAAUGGGUUUGUUUUCUUGGCACUAUAGGUUCCCUUUAAAUGUGUGCCCUGACCUGCCUAUGACCUGUAUCAAAGUUGGUGAAUCCAUUACCAACACAAACUAAAACUAACUUGUUUCAUUGUUAUACGCACAAUAUGUAAUCCUGGGUACAUACAUAUGAUGUAUUCAAAAGUUUAAAUUAAAGUUCACGUUACUUACAGUAGUAAUGCCACUGUCUGAAGUCUCCGCUCGCUCACUCCCUCUGCAAACUGCAAUCUCAGGUAGGUAAGGUUUCACACCUUACGUGUGGCUGCACUGUAAACGGUCUACAGUCUCCGGUAAGUAAGGCUCCUCUUUACCUGCUUGCUCUGCUCCCCUCUACUUACUCUGCUCCUUCUUAAUUCAAGUUACUUGCUUUGCUCCCCUCUACUUGCUCAGCCACCCCUUACUUUUUCAUUCCCCCCUUAUAUGCUCAGCCUCAGGCCCCCCCCUUACUUGCUCAGCAUCAGCCCCCCUCCUUAUAUGCUCAGCUCGCCGCCCCUUAUAUGAUAGGACCCUUAUAUGCUCAGCUCCCUCUUAUAUAUGCACAGGACCCCCUCUUAUAUGCACAGGGACCCCCACUCUUAUAAGCCAGGACCCCAGCUUUUAUGCUCAGGACCCCCAGCCUCUUAUAUAAGGACCCCAGGCUCUUGUGACCCCACCCUACCCCUCUUAUAUGCUCAGGACCCCUCUUAUAUGCUCAGGACCCCACCCCCUCUUAUAUGCUCAGGACCCCCCUCUUAUAUGCUCAGGACCUCCCUCCCCUAUAUGCUCAGGACCUCCCUCCCCCCCCUCCCUAUAUGCUCAGCCAGGACCCCCUUUUAUGCUCAUCCCCCUUAAAUGCUCAGGACCCCUCCCUUAAAUGCCUCCCGCUUAUAUGCUCAGUCAGGACCCCCCUUAUAUGCUCACCCCCAUCCAUCUUAUAUGCUCAGGACCCCCUCAUUCCUUGUCCUUACUUACUGUGCUGUUUUCUCCUCAGUGCUGUCUCAGUGUCUCUCUCUGCUCACUGCUUCCCUGCUUUGCUCCUUGUUUUGAUUUUCUUUCUUCUUGCUCUUCUUCUUAUGCUCUGCGCGGUGUGGCCACACGUACGCCGCAAUGUGCGCUCACGCUCCGCUUCCUCCCUCCCUCUCCAUGAUGGGAUGUCUGAACUUCUCCUGACCCUGAGGUCAGGUCACACUGUGGGUGGCACCAGACAGUCUGACUCUGGCAGACACGAGCCGCCGGAAUUACGAAAACAUUACCAGGGAAGUUCUGACAGAGAGGUGAGACUCUCCCUCGCGGCUGUCAGAACUUUCCUGAUAAUACAAACAGCCAGCGCCGCGCUGGCUGACUCAGCCAGGCAGACAGCAGCUUGGCAAUUAUUUUCCAGUUAAGCUCCUGAGACAUAAGUUUAAUUUAAAUUGGGGGGGCCAUAGCCCCCCCCAUGCGACGCCACUGCAUAUAGUACCCCAGGAAUGAAAAUUACCCCCAUGAUGGCAUACCAUUUGCAAUAGUAGACAACCCAGGGUAUUGCAAAUGGGGUAUGUCCAAUCUUUUUUUAGUAGCCACUUAGUCACAAACACUGGCCAAAAUUGGCGUUUGUAACGGACCGUUUUGCACACAAGGGGUAAAAAACGUUUAGGCGAUCGUCCCCUUUCCAGAGAUGCAGACACAGCUACUGUAGAACACCAAACUCCCGAACCGCCAAUAAGGGAAUGCUCCAAACUCCCGAACGGCAUCCAAUAUAGCACUCCAAACACACGAACAGGAACCAUACGAAUUGCUGCUAGCAGACGAAUAGGAAAAGCAUCCAAGCAGCUUACACUCCUAGCAAUCAGUCUCUAUCAGCAUUCAGUAAAUCCCCCCAAAGACGAGACAAGGCUCCGUGUUGAGGGUCAAGCAGUGGUCUGUUUAAUGAGGGCUACCUGCCCAGUUUUUAUGCAGGUCUCCCACCUGGUGGACACUCCCCUAGGGGACCAAAUGGGAGAAUGUGACAAGGGACAGACAAGCAGACAAAUAGGACACACAGUCACAUUAUAUUCCCACAAUGCAUCCUGGCUUCCUCCCCUCUGCCCUCGAGAUAAUUGAGAAGUAAUUCAAUUAUUUCCCAAGACAAAGGCAAAUCGCCAUCAUGCAUGUGGGGAUACUAAAACAGGAAUUACUAUUAAAAUACACCAUGUAGGACAUGUUACAUUAAAACUAUACAUUUAAAAUGUCCCCAGAUAGCUCAGGUCUGAGCGCACAUUAUUAAGCGAAUGGCGCUCAGACCACACGAAUACAGUGUAAUCGCCAUGGAGCCAAAGUCUUUACACAGUCAGUUCUCAUGCGAAUGGGCUCCAUGGGAUUCCUAUCUGGGGUAUAACAUAUUCAAGUAAAACUACCGAACACCGGGCCGUUCGUGCACUUUCACCGAACAAGAAGGGGAGGUCGGCGGCUUCAGCGGUUUUUCCACAAAACUGUGUCCGAUUUUAGUUCCAUGAAUUAAGCGAACACCGCUGUACGUUUGCAUGUUUAAAAUGGUGUUCGUGAUACGAAUGGCGGCCACCCAGCAUUCGCCAAUUAAGCUGCGGUUAACCGCAGCCUCAGGGAGGCUAAUUGCCGGCACACUCCAGCUCCCAGGUGGUCUAGCCAUUCGUGCAGUUGUUCGGUAGAUUGAAUCUACCAAACACCAGGCAGAAAAGCACGAAUAAGUCUUUUCUUCAGGAAAAAAAAGAUGUAUUUUAACAUGGGGCCAUAGUCCAAAGGCAGCAGGCGAGCAACCAGGCUUCUCCAAUGCAAUGUCGUCACAGCGUUCAAAUACAUUUUUUGCAUUUUCAAAUAUUAACACUAACUUUGUCCAGUGUUUGUGACCAAGUGGCUACUAAAAAAGACUGGACAUACCCCACUUGCAAUACCUUGGGUUGUCUACUUUUGCAAAUGGUAUGCCAUCAUGGGGAUAAUUCUUAUUCCUGGGCUACCAUACCAUAUGGUCUCAAAGGCAACGUAAACAAUCUGGCGAAUUUCAAUGUGAAAAAACAGAAAAAUGUAACAUGCUAUAUUUGACCCUGUAACUUCCCAAAACCCCAUAAAACCUGCACAUAGGGGGUACUGUUUUACACGUGAGACAUCGCUGAAUACAAAUACGUGUAUUUUAUUGCAGUAAAAGCAAACGGUAUUAUGACAUUCACAGUUAGAAUGUCACGUAGAACUAGGAAAAAUUUUAUAAAAAUCUUUUCUCCAAUUUUUUUUUAAUAUUUUGUUCAUAUUAAAUUAUGUUCCAUAACUAAAUAUUUGAUGUUAAAUGAAAGCCCUGUUUCCCCUGAAUAAAAUGAUAUAUAAUAAGUGUGGGUGCAUUUAAUAUGAAAGAGGUGAAUUACGGUUGGACAGACAUAGCGCAAAUGCCAGGUUUUGUUUACGUUUUGUUUUGAUCACAACUUGCACAUUUGGCUGCGGUCUUAAGGGGUUAAAGACGAAGUACACAGUUUACAUUUACAAGCUUCAUUCUAAACAUUUGUUAUAUUUGCAUAUGCCCAUAACAACACAAUUUUCUACUUUGUUUUUCAUAAAGGUGCACACACUGGAUUAUUAAGACAUGAGUAUGUUAAAUGAUUUAUUUUCUGAUAUCACCACCAUAUUUGCACUUCUCUUCUAAUAUAGUGCUCCACUGUGUAUUGUUUUGUGUGUGGAAUUGGACAUACAGGGUGGUAGCUGCUGAAUAUUGAUAAAUGUAUUUAGAGUUAUAUCUGCACAUUGAAUAUAGUAGUUAUUAUAUUUUUGGACACAGCCAUCGCGCAGGAAGCCGGCGCUAAUGAAAGUGGAUUGUUUUAUCUGUACAGUUUUUAAUGACUGCGGUUUUCUUUGUCACAGGCACAUGUGUAUGGUAAUGCGCGGCGUUCAGAAAAUGAACAGCAAAACCGUAACAAGCACCAUGUUGGGCGUCUUCAGAGAAGACCCCAAAACCAGAGAAGAGUUCCUAACCCUCAUUAAGAACUGAAUUGCUGGUGUCGGCUGUAGAGAUUGCUGCUCAAUAGAUCCGUCUGUCAUGUAACUGCUUCUGUCAUAUAUCCAAACUGGCGUUUCUCAAGAUGAAGGAUUAUAAUGAGAAUAUUUUAAGGGCGAUAUUUAUUUGGCCACAGUUUCAUGUGUUCGUGAUUGCGGAUGAAGGGUGGAUGUGUGUAAUAGGAAUGAAAUACAGACACGAUAGAAAACUGGAUUGUUUCAGAGCGACCGACCUUCUUUGUGGAUUAAAUAUCAGUCUGUGUGUGUCUAUCGUCAAAUUGUUGGACAUUAGUUUAAUAUAUUGUGUGCGGUUUAUAUGUUCUGUGUAACGUGAUGUCCCGUGAACACGGCCAGCUACAUGUUAUCAUAUAAUCUUUAUGGAGUAAAAUGGGGGCCCCCACAUAUCCCCCUUGGACCUGACAUGUUUAACGUCUCAUCGAUAUCAAUAUUUACUGAAGAUGCAGUAGUAAAAUAAUUUAGAGUGUGUGUUCCUAAAAAACCUGGCUUUUAUAAAAGAGAAUAAAUCCUGUACGUUUUAUUUUAAUAAACUGAUUCAAGUUCACAUUAAAUAUAAACAAAUCAAUAUUAUUUUUUCACGUUAAUGCAUUAUUUCAAACUUUAUGUAUGUUUUGUUUUUUUGUCUGGACUUUACAGAACGGCCCUAAUGUUUAGCAAGCUUAUCUUUCUUGCAGUGUUAAGCUCUCUUCUGGUACUCAAGGGAUAAAUUCUGCAAUUGCUUUACAUGAAAUAUAUUGACCUGCGCAGUGCAAUAUGUUUGGGUACUGAAUGAAACGUGGAGAAUUUCUGCAUUGCCUGGCAAUCUAGCAUUGGAUUAUGCAUACCAGAGCAUGGCCCCAUGGGAAACUGGGCAAGUGCCACCACAUAUUGUGGGGCGCAAAACUGAGCAUUAUGGGAGGAAGCAGAUUAAUUCAACAGCCUCGUCUAUAAUUAAUUUUACAUUUGUCAUUAACAUCAAGCUCUAAAGAAUUAUAUCCAAUGACAGCACUCACAUUUAUACGACAAGUUCAGUCUAAUAUGGCGAUGCACACAGAUCUCCCUGUCACAGCGAGGCUCACUAAAUUACAUCACAUGGAUAUUUGAUUAUGUAGAUUUUUAGAGUUUAGCUAAAUUGUCUUUAUCUAAAGGUUUCAGCUGUUUUAUUAUGUUGGUCUAAAUAUGUAUUAUUCUCCCAUAGCGCCUCUACAAUACCCACUUCAGUGAAUAACCGGGUUAUAUACGAACACGGGAAUUGUGAAUGAAAUAGCAGAAAUGUAACUGUUUUCAUUAUGCCUGUAGUUUGGCUGCUCUGGUCUUAACUUUGAUAUGCACUGUCAUCUGUUACUUUACAUAUAAUACUGGGGAAUUUAAUAAUGGUUAAUUUCCGUAGCAAAACUCUGUGAAAGGGACAUUACAGUCACUAGAACAACUACAGC